UCUCUCUUUCUCUAAAAAAGAACUUUGAUUUGAUUAAUUUCAUCAAAUUAUGGGAAAUAGUUUAAGGUGUUGUUUGGCUUGUGUUCUUCCUUGUGGUGCACUUGAUUUAAUUCGUAUUGUACAUUUAAAUGGUCAUGUUGAAGAAAUUACAAGUCCAAUCACAGCCUAUGAAGUUCUAAAAAAUUACCCUAAUCAUGUUUUGAGUAAACCAUGCUCUCAAGGUACAAUGGCUCGCCGGAUUCUGAUCUUAUCGCCGGAAUCCGAGCUCAAAAGGGGAAGUAUAUACUUCUUGAUUCCGGCAUCUUCUGUCCCACAAAAGAAAAAAUCCGGGAUCACAUCCUCCUCAAUCAAGAAAUCACCAAAAAAUACUAUUACUACUACAAAAUCAACCAAUAAUAAGAAAUGCCACAUCAGCAUCCCCGAUGAUCACGAUUUUUCGAGUGAUAGUACAAUGCCAAAAUUAAAGAAGUCAUCAUCUCACCGGAGGAGUAAGAGCGGGAAGGUUGUUGUGUGGAGGCCUCAUCUCACCAGCAUUUCUGAAGACUAAAGUUUGUUUUUGGUACGAAAGAAAGUCAAUUUUUUUUGUUUACCCUUAUCAUAAGGGUGAUUUUCUUUUCUUUGUUUUUGUUUUUUUUUCUCACUUUUUAAUAUUUGUAGAUAUUUUUAAUCCUUUUUUAAUGUUUAUUUAUUUUCCAUCUGCAUUUAAUAGUAGCAGAUUUGGAUUGAAAAGGGAUAUUAUAAGCCCAAUGAAAUUUAUGAGAGAGAGAUUGGAGAGUGCUUAUGGAAGUUGUACUCAAAGAUGAGGAUAUUGUACUUUGAACUCUCUUCAAAAAUAGAAGAGGGUGAAAAGUAUUGUUUUUUGUUUUUUUCCUCUUUCUUGUAAAUUUUUGGGGCUUCACAAUAUGAACUUUUUAUAAUGUUAUACAAGAGUUUCCUCCUUUUGA